GGGAAGGCAGCUUUCAAUAUCAGUAUUUUGUGCGCGUGUACUUCAUAGGCAGCCCCCAGGGCUUCUCAACAAUGAAUUUUUUGCUCCGUGUUUUACUUCCUUUCUGGUAAAACUACACUUUUCAAUACAUUUCAAUAUCUCCAUGUUUUCUAUUACGAUCGAGAACGCAUUUCCUUUUUUUCAGAAAGACACUUCCUUUUUUGGAAUUUGAAAUUUGCUUAUUAAAAGCACUAUUUGUGAGAAAACUUUCAGAAAAGUCAUGCAGUCAUGUACCAGAUCCUCAAAUCACCUCGAGCACGUUGCAUUUUGUGUUACAGUGCACUAUUUUUGACUACAUGAUUGAAAAAUUGGUUAUUAAUAGAACACACAAAUGCAUAUAUAGAAACGCUGUAUGAAAUAAUUCAGUGAUUUAGCAUAUUACUUCAUACUUCAGUGUUCGAAACUUAUGCUAAAAGAAUUCAACUGUUCGUUGUGCAUAAUUGCUGUUUAUAAUCCCAAGAUGCAUUGGAAAUGUCGACAUCAUUUGCAUAUGGCGUUGGUCCGGGGAUGCAAUAUCUCUGUCUCUCUGUAUUGCACAAUAAAUGCCGGGCAGAAAUGCUGAUAAGGGAACCCUAAGCAGUCCUCUCUAUUGCAUACAACGAGGCAUACAGUUCAGGAAGGGAGAGCUCGACAACUCAAUCAAUAUACACUGACUGCUGGUGAUUGAAGCCAUGGAGCAGAUACUGAUUUUACGAAUCUACAAGACAAUUGUGGGAAUCGCAGGAAUCUUGGGCAACGGUCUGGUCUGUGUCGUCAUCUGUAAAGUCUCGGCGAUGCAGACUCGCACCAAUGCCUUCAUUUUCCACCAAGCUGUGGUAGAUUUCCUUGGCUCUACACUAAUUCUCCUGCAGAGUGAAGUUCCACUGCCUGACCCCCUGCCCGACAGUCUUCUGGGUUUCUUCAUCUGCACGAUGUGGAGCAGUAACUACAUGCUCUUUCUCUUGUUUACCAUAUCAACGUUCAACUUGCUGUCGUUGACCAUGGAACGGUACUUCGCCAUCGUCCACCAGUCUAAGUACCACGCCGCCUUCGCCACGCGUCCCUGGCUGAAAGUCGGUCUGAUCUUUGCUGGCUGCUGGCUCCUUGGGAUUGCCAUCAAGACGUAUACUGCUUUGAUCUUCGAGUUCCCAGGCGGCAGAUGUGUUGUCAGGGAUAUCCCCAGCUCCCAUGUCAUAGGGAUCCUGACGGCAAUCCUGCAGUACUUGGUACCUGCGUUGGUGAUGCUCUUUGCGUACAUCAGAAUCAGCGUGGAGCUGAAGCGUAGAGCUGCAAGGCUGGGCUCGUUAUCGGUGGCUGCCAACUCUGCUCCUUCAAGAUUGAACGGCUGCGUCGCUUGUCAGUCAGCUUCGGGUAUGACGGGGUCGUUACUGCAGGCCAGACACAACAUCUUCAAAACGCUUCUGAUUGUAUUCAUCACGUUCAUGGUCUGCUGGACCCCAAACCAGUUCAUGUUCCUCAUGUUCAACGUAGGAUGGCUGGUUAUACACGACAAGUGGUACUAUCUAUUGUCUGUGGCUAUGGUGGCUACCAAUUGCUGCGUCAACCCGGUCAUCUAUGCUUUCCAGUAUCGCCAGUUUCGCAACGCUCUGCGAGACAUGUUUGGGAUUGGAAGACGCAACCCUGACUCGUCUCAUGCCAUGUCACUUCGAAGCCAAACUACUGAUGUUCAAUCCUAAAGGGACAUAUGGGACAGUGUACAAAUCGUAGGGGUGAUAAUCAGAAAACAGAAUAAGAUACUCAACUCAAGACAAGUAGCAGAUGAUCUAAUUUCACACUUCCCGGACGUCCUAAACAGGAUAAAAUGCACAACUCAAGACAAGUAGCAGGUGAUCUAAGUUCACACUGCCCGGACGUCUCAAACAGGAUAAGAUACUCAACUCACGACAAGUAGCAGAUGAUCUAAUUUCACACUGCCCGGACGUCUCAAACAGGAUAAGAUACUCAACUCAAGACAAGUAGCAGAUGAUCUAAGUUCACACUGCCCGGACGUCCCAAACAGUUCUAUGAUUGAUUAUUUCGGAUUGCAGAUGGAACUACAGUAUACCGAACUCCUUCAAUAAAUCACACAGUAUAAACAAUAGCUUGUAAACGUUUCAGUUACUUUCACCUUUGGUCUUCAGUGCGAAGCUUCAAAUGGUCCUAUUCUACUUUAUACAUCUGCUAUUCCUACUUAACGUUCUUUUAGAGACAUUAUUUUGGCUGCUAGAGUGUAAAACAAGAACCACAACCUUCACACACGAACGGGAAGACGUUUGCAGGCAAAUGUUCUGUGCAAGCUACUCCCAAGUUCAAAGGAUUAAAGAUCGCUGAUCUUUGUUUCAAUAUCAAGACAUUAAACUCUGAAUGUAGAGCUGAAUGUUUUACAUGGAAAGUCUUGAUAAGGGAUUUUGUUGGAAUCUCGACGAUCCACAGUGCAGCGCGCCGGUAAGAUAUUGUCACAGAUGAGUAAAUUGCAAGUUUAUACGAGGUUUACAAAAAACAGGGCCGACUCACAGCAAUUUGCAUAUGAGCAGAUGUCAGUAAACAACAUGAGGAAUUUCUGACUGAUCAGGGCAUUCCUUGCCUCACAAAAACAACCAUCUUGAUUGACUGAUAUUAAUACUUAACAAACACUUUCAAAUCUUCAAGCCAAACAAGCAAGUUCCACCCGCACGCAGCGCAGUUGGUGAAUAGCACUUCCUCCAGUCGCCUGUUUCCCCCAAAAAAUACAGCAAAAAGGCCCCCUACACGGUGGAUUGCCUACACCCUUAUUUGAGAAAUUUCUUCAAUGAUACCGUUUACAUUUUGCAUGUUCACUUGAGUUAGCCGUUGCUGAAAACAUGUAUAGAGCUUUAUAAACAUGAUUGUGAGCAAAUAAGGAGUUGUUUAAUGAAUUGGAGCUCAUCGCUUUGCCUUGAAGCAUUUCUCAUUUGAACCUUGUAUUACAGGCAAAUAAAAAUAUUUUUAUCAAGGAAGUGAAUGACCUCGACAGAACAAUAUUAGUAACAGAGAAAUGUUUAUUUUGUUGAUGAAACAUGUCAACUUGGCACUUGGGGGAAAUAGGGAUAUUUAUAUUUUGGGAUUAGUAGAAAUUUGCUCACCUUAUAUUAACUGUAUAAGCGUACACUGAUGUCAAUAUACCAUAUUAGAGUUUUUCGCGAAAACUGCCCUUCAAAUCUGUACCCUUGAUUAAUUAA